AUGAUGCGACGAAUCUUUUUCCUCCUGUUCUUGGUUGCCGUGUGUGUCGCGUGGUCGGCGGAAGACUACGAGCUGUUCAAGCUGCAUGAUGAGUUGGAAACACAUGAAGGGCCUGGAGUCACUUUUUACGAUGUCCUCGGCGUCUCACCUCAUGCUACGGUCGACCAGAUCAGCGCUGCCCUCAAGAAGAAAUCCCGCACGCUGCAUCCUGACAAAGUCAAGCACUCCUUUAUAGCCUCACGGUCGACAGCGAGCCCGAAGAAGGGCAAGAAGAAGCCUGGGGUACACAUUUCAAAAGGACCGUCGCAGCGGGAAAUCUCCCGCGUUGUGAAAGAUGCGCAGGAACGCUAUAGCCGGCUCACUUUGAUUGGGACAAUUCUGAGAGGGCCCGGGAGGGAGAGAUAUGAUUUCUUCGAAGGGCAUGGCUGGCCAUCCUGGCGCGGUACAGGAUAUUACUACCAAAGAUAUCGCCCUGGCCUGGGUACUGUUUUGCUGGGACUGUUUUUGAUUGGCGGUGGAGCCGUCCACUACUUUGUCCUGACCAUGAACUACAAAAGGCACCGAGAUUUUAUGGAGAGGUACAUCAGAUACGCAAAGAAACAAGCCUGGGGCGACGAGUCUGGCAUCAGAGGCAUUCCAGGUCUCGGUGAUCCAGUGGAUGUCGCUCCCGCGGUCGAGGAAGCUGAGCCGAUGGCAAAUCUGAACCGCCGGCAGCGGCGAGAGAUGGAGCGACAAAAUAAAAAGGAGAAGACGAGCAAACCUGCCCCCGCGCCCGCUCCCAAGGUGGUACCUUCCUCAACGCCGGACAGACGACGCGUGACUGCAGAGAAUGGCAAGGUCCUGGUCGUUGACUCGGAAGGUAACGUGUACCUGGAAGAGGAGGAUGAAGACGGAAACACUCAAGAAUAUCUCCUGGACCUGGAUGAGAUCCCCAAGCCGACAGUAUGGGACACGGCUGUUCUGCGCCUCCCCGUCUGGCUCUACCGCAAAGCCGCCAGGCCUCUCAUGAAGAACGCGCAGCCGGUUCCCGAAGACAAAAGGACUGCGCCAGAGAGCGAGGCACGCGAAGCACCGCUUGAACCCACAGAAAAAGUCAUUGACUCGGAUAACACCACACCGCUGGAUAUGAGCUCGAGUCAAAUAUCGGAUUCUGGGUUUGAGAUUGUCGACACAACGGGCCUCGAGAAUUCCAACGGGACCAACGUCAAAAAACGUGGCAAGAAGGCGAGGAAGUGA